AAUAUUUAUGCGACAACUAUUAGAAUCAGUUGACUAUUUCCACAACAAGAACAUCGUACAUCGAGACCUGAAGCCGGAGAACAUUUUGUUGGAUGAUUUCCUGAAUAUCAAAGUCUCAGACUUUGGGUUUGCUACCAUUGUCAAGAGUGACCAAGAGCUGACAGAACUGUGUGGUACACCUGGUUACCUGGCCCCGGAAGUUCUAGCACAGUCUAUGUAUGAGAAUGUCCCAGGAUAUGGCAGAGAGGUCGACAUGUGGGCCUGUGGAGUCAUUAUGUACACACUAUUAUGUGGGGCGCCACCAUUCUGGAACAGGCGACAGAUGAUGAUGUUACGAUCCAUCAUGGCUGCUGAUUACACAUUCAAUAGUCCGGAAUGGGAUGACAUCACUGAGGCACCGAAAAAUCUGAUCAGACGGCUGCUGGUAAUCAACCCCACAGAGAGACUGACAGCCACCCAAGCUCUGGCACAUCCAUUCUUCCACAGUCAGGAGCAAGAAGAUUACCAGGAGUACGAGCGAACCCGUAGAAUAUCUCAGAUGUUUGCUUUGAUUGAAGAGCUUUCCAAGUUUAGAGCACGCAGAAAGUUCAGA